CACACAUUCAUUUAGGAGAUAAACACCGCAAAAAGGCAGAUUAAAACAAUGAGUCAGGUGGAGGGGCAAGAGUACACCUACAGAGGGGACUUUUCUCAAAGCUUGCCCUUACACGACGCCCAUGGAAGUCCUGGAAUAUCGAAUUCCUUCGGUCAUAGGAUGCACACAGAAUAUUCCAGGAUGGAGGAAUCCCUCAGGGUAGAGGACUGUGCCACCUACAGGCUUAUUCAUCCACUGACAUGUGAUCAGUUGCCUCCAGGUGCCCAGCUGAACUCAGCAACCUAUCCUGAAUACUUGCUGGCUCAGACAAGCCAUUAUCCACAUUUCAUGGGCCAGUCAUACAGCUCCAUUAGUAGUCCAUGGCCAGCCCAGGAGGCGUAUCAUUAUGGGAUGCCAUCAGGAGAAAUCUGCCAUGCUGUGGCCAACAUCAGCUCCGAAGGGGCUGAAAGUUACAGUCUGGAGGCUUAUUCAACACACCAAGCGUUCAGACAUCAGAAUAUACUGUGUGAUGUAAACCGUGGAGGGCAGGUCAUGAUGCUGAGCCCCGGUCAGAUGAAUCACACCGUGAUGGCCAAUCACAGCGCACAAUCUAUGCCUCACCCACCCGUCCAGAGUCAUUCUUCUGAUCACUGCUCACCCCAAGAAAAAGGAUGGAGAGUGAACACAGUGUCCCCUGGACCCCCUCAGACUCACCUGCCAUCUGCUGGUGUCACAUUCAACCUCAUGCCAGGACCUUAUGCUUCACAGCUCCAUCAAACUCUUUGCCCCACAUAUACUGAGACUGUAGGACAGAACCAGAUGGAUCAGACCAAAGGAAGCAACCAUGUGAACCUGGAGAAAUUGAAGCGACCCUGCAACUGCACAAAAUCUCAGUGUCUGAAACUUUACUGUGAAUGUUUUGCCAACGGUGAGGUUUGCAAAAACUGCAAAUGUAUCAACUGCUUCAAUAACACAGAGCAUGAGGCAGAGAGAUGUCAGGCCAUAAAGGUCUGUUUGGACAGGACUCCAGGGGCCUUCCAACCCAAGAUCGGAAGCAGGAAACAGGGAAAUGUGAAGGGUCAUCACACUAAAGGUUGCAACUGCAGACGGUCCGGAUGUCUGAAAAACUACUGCGAGUGUUAUGAGGCCAAUAUCAUGUGCACAUCCACCUGUAAAUGCGUGGGCUGUCGAAACUAUGAAGAAAGUCCUAAGAAGAAGAGCUCAGCGCAGGAUGUCCCUGUUUCUGUCGUCUACUACCCAAUCAGGUCUCCUCUGACGGGCAUCACGCCCGACGUAGUGGAAGCCACAUGCAGCUGUCUCCUCGCUAAGGCUGAAGACGCGGAGAAGGAAGGGUACAUUUUGCCACACGCUGAGAAAAUGAUUUUGGAGGAGUUCGGCCAGUGUAUGACGCAAAUUGUUCAAUCGAUAUUCAAAUCCACCAACGUCCAGUUAAAUUGCCAGGCGUAG